UUCCUUCUCCGAGCUCCGACACAUUCAAUUGAAUUUACCGUCAGAAUCACCAAGCCUUCAUUUAUUCUCCCCCUGUUUUCAUUCAUCUUUUUCUUCUGCUUCAUAUUCAGCCAUGGAUUCUUGCAGCAAAUCUCUUCCCGACUCCACGACUUCUCUUUUCGAUUGCAUCAUUUUCGAUUUGGACGAAACUUUGUAUCCUUCCAAUACGGGGAUCGGCGAAGCCACCAAACGGAACAUUGACGAUUUUCUGGUUCAGAAAUGCGGAUUUCAAGAGACGCAAGCUUCAUCUAUCCGCGUGGAGCUGUUUAAAACUUACGGAAGCACUCUCGCCGGCUUGCGUGCACUCGGCUAUGAUAUCGAUGCUGACGACUAUCAUAGUUUUGUUGACGGAAGCUUGUCGUACGAUUCGAUCAAACCAGACACACAGCUGCGAAAUCUUUUGAACACCAUCAAACAAAGGAAAAUAAUUUUUACAAAUUCAAAUAAAAACCAUGCGAUGAGGGCGUUGGAUCGACUUGGAAUCAGAGACUGCUUCGAGCAAAUCAUAUGUUUCGAGACUCUGAAUCCAAACCUUCGAAAAUCUACUCGUCCCGAUGAGUUUCCCGUCGUUCUGAAACCCUCAUUGGAUGCCAUGAGGAUCGCUAUCGAAGUCGCAGGUGUAAAUCCAUGUCGCACGUUAUUUCUUGAUGACAGCGUCCGGAACGUUGCAGCCGGCAAAGCCAUGGGUCUCCGAACUGCUCUGGUUGGCGAAUCAACAAAGAUUAAGGAAGCCGAUUAUGCGUUGGAGACUGUAAAUAACCUAGCUCAAUCAAUUCCAGAAAUUUGGGUUGGUGGAGUAACAGAUAAUAAUGGCGAAAGGAUUAGCCGCACCAGAAGCCAACUGGACUCCAUUAUUGCUACAGAACCUGUUGGGGCGUACAACUGCCCGUCUCCGUUGCGCAUAUCAUACUAGUCAUGUAAAUCCUGAUAUUUAUGUGUACAUAUGUAUCCUGCAAAUGCCUUGACCACAAUAAAAGAAUAACCUUCCUUAUUUAUCUCA